UACAAGUAGAAUUAAACUCGUACGUACGUACUCUUCUUACUCGUAGUUCUUGUUGUGUUUCGAAAAAAUAUUUGUUGUUCAUGAACAGUUCUUGUUCGAAAGAGUGCUUCCUCUCGAAAGGAAACAGACCACGUACGGUAGGAACUGUACUUUCUUCUUCACACGAGCUCAUCCAACAUUCUUCACCUCCAAUAAUCUGUGGGGAAUCGUAAGAACAUCAUCCAAACAUCCUUUGCAGGAUAGCUCCUUUCAACAGUACUGAACUCUCACCCUGUUCUAAUAGACUCGCUGCAUUUCCUGUAAAGAUAGUUUUGAUAAAGCGGCUUUCCGCUCCUUUUGAAACAAUAUUAUCGCUCACACAACUUCACUCCGGAAUGAUGAUUGCUGCUUCUCUCCUUUUUCUUCUCGGAUUGGUUCGUCCUGCCAUUGCCUUUGCCCCUGUUGGGGUUGAAUUCCAAUCGACAACGGCGUCAUCCUCGUCGACAAUGCUGCAAAUGGCUACCUGGUCCGAUUCCAAGGCUGUCAAAGAGUACCAGAAUUUCUUGAGUUCGGGAGCGCAAGAGAUUGUACUAAAAGAUGAUUCUCCAUCUGUGAUCGUUGUUUCACCUAACGAGGCCGAUCUAGAGUUCAAUGAACUAAAUCCCCUAGCACAAGCGCUAAUGCAUAUGGGAAAUGGAGACGAUAUAAUUCUCUCUCCAUACCAGCCCCUUCCAGAGGUUCUCGGAGAAGGUGAACGCUCCACAUCAGAAUAUCCGAUUUACAUUACAUUGCCACCCCAAGAAAUCGCACCAUUCCUCGAUAAUGUCGACGAUGUCUAUGAAAACCGUCAGUUUGAUUUCUGUUUCUUUGCCGGAGGAUUUCAAUACGGUAACAUCGAGGAAUUACUCCAGGAACGCGGAUACUGCCGUGAUUCGAUGACGCAGAUAUUGAUUUCCGGUAUGGAGCUUGGCGAAGAAGGAAUAAAGGAUCUUUCUGUUUCUUUGGGACCUGAUGGUUAUGGCGAAGAAAAAUGGACCGGUGAAUGUGCGGCCUGCGGGAAGUGGAACGGUGCCAUCGCCAAGCGGUUAGAACGGAAUGAUGUUCGUUGCUCGACAGAUUUUUAUAGAGAUUGGAGGCGCAAAAUGUGGGAACGAAACUGUUUGGAUGCCGUCAUGAACUUGGUCGGAUGCGUGCGAGCGGAGCCGACUACGCUUGCCGAUGUCGCGAAAUAUUACGAAGAAGAAGUCAGUGACAUCAUGUGGCAGAUCUCGGGUAAUCUCCGCGGUUGGAAGGCCAUCACACUCAUGUAUGGGUUUGAAGAGCGUAUGUUUGGAUUUGCUGAGAGACAAUCUUCCCAACAGUGUGCUCUUGUCGACGAAUGGUUCCCCUAUAUUUGGGGAAGUAAAGUUUUCACAAAGAGCCCGAAAUUUUUGGAAUAUCUUCACUACGCUAAGUCGGAUAUGGGACACUUUCAAACAGUCGAGCUGCCUCCCAUGGAGGAAGAAUCGGAAUUGGGAAGCAGAAUGCGACAGGGUAACUUGCGUGCCGAUGGAGUAGUGUAACUAAAGCAGCAUCUCAUUCGAUCGCACCCGAAGCGAUAUUUUGUAGCUGAUCGUGUCUCUUAUCAAACCCACGGAUUGAGUUACCGGAAAACGGUAUGUUGAAAUGAUAGUAUAAUAUCUCUUUACAACAUUAGAAAGUCUACAAGGCACACCAAGCGCGGAUCACUCCUCUACUGAAAUUAUAAUAUGAAGGAAUAUAAUUCUUUCUAUUAG